GCCGCCAGUACUACCGUGUCAGUGCAAACGAGGCUUGAAAAUGCAGUGGCUCGUGAUGAUCACUUGCCUGUGUGUCGCCGGCACCGGUGCAGCUGUUCAUGGACAUAAACACCACCAUGGACAUGAUGGUCAUCACCACGAUCAGGAUGUUAGGGAGUCUGGGACGCCGGUGACAGCCACGCCGGCUGGCGCGAUCCGCGGCUCGUGGAUGGAGACGCGUCGCGGGCGGCGUUUUCACGCGUACCGGGGCAUUCCAUUUGCUGAGCCACCGGUCGGGGAGCUCCGGUUCCAGCCGCCGAAACCAAUAAAGCAGUACUCCGGCGAAGUGGACGCGACUGAGGAGGGUCCAGCGUGCCCACAGCCCACAUUAUCGCCAGACUACUACGUCGACGAGGACUGUCUUCGCCUUAACGUUUAUACUCCAGGACGUACUAAUAGCUCGAAGCUGUUGCCGGUGAUAGUGUACAUGCACCCGGGCGGGUUCUACUCGGUGUCGGGGCGCAGCGACGUCGCCGGCCCGCACUACUUGCUCGAGGAGGACGUCGUCUAUGUCGCGCUCAACUACCGCCUCGCCGCGCUAGGGUUCAUAAGUACAGGCGACGAGCAUGCCCCAGGCAACAAUGGAUUCAAGGACCAGGUCAUUGCGUUAAGAUGGAUCCAGCGAAACAUAGCAGCAUUUGGCGGAGACCCAGACCUCGUUACCCUCACGGGGUACAGUGCUGGCUCGUUUAGUAUUGCACUGCACAUGGUCUCGCCUAUGUCUAGAGGUCUAUUCCACCGUGCUAUCGCCAUGAGCGCCUCUCCGAUCUCUCAAGUGGUGAUCGGAAAUGAGCAGAAAUACCUUGCCGAGCGGCAGGCGAAGCUGCUCAACUGCUCCACGGAUACCAGCAAGCAGAUCAUUGACUGUCUGAAGACGAAGACUUGGAGGGAAUUAGGAAACUCCUUGGAUAACAUGUUUGAGUUCGGCUUCGACCCGGUCUUAAUGUGGAACGUGGUAGUCGAGCCGGACUUCGGACAGGAGCGGUUCCUGACGGAGCAGCCGCUGGACAUCAUUCGUCGGGGAGAUUUCUACGCCGUGCCGAUCAUCAUCAGUCAGACGCAAGACGAGUUUUUCUGGAAAGCUUUCAACAUUCUGGCCAAUGCAACAAGGAUGCAGGCAAUGAACGAAGACUGGGAGCGCAUUGCACCAAUCGCUUUCAUGCUACCUCCCGAGGGCGCGGCGGUCGCCUCCCGCAGGCUCAGGAAAGCUUAUCUCAACGAUAAUCCACUGAGGAACGACUCCACGUCCGCCGAUGGACUGGGAAAACUCUAUUCUGAUAGUAUCAUUGGAUUUGCUGUUCAUAGAAUGGCAAACCUAAUGUGUCGUUACUCGCCACAACCGGUAUGGUACUACGAGUUCGGCUACGUCGGUCAGCACAGCCAUUACGAGGACCCCAUCACCAAGAAGCCCGUUGGAGCGGCUCACCAUGACGACCUGAUUUAUCUGUUCACUCUCCCCGCGGCCUUCCCCGCCGUUCCUCUAAACUCGGCCGAUGACAGAAUCGUCGAGCGCAUGGUCGCGCUGUGGUACAACUUCGCUCGAUUCGGAGACCCAAGGCCGCACAGCUGUGACACGCCGCAGCUGGCGGGACUGCGCUGGCCCGAGAUGAAGCCCCGCGACAGGAAGUACCUGCGCAUCGACAGUGAGCUCUCCAUCGGGAAGAAUCUCUUCGAGGACAGGUUCCGUGUCUGGGACGAGCUGUAUGCGCUGCCCGAGGACUCAUCGUCAUCAUCGUCAGAAGACGACUAACCGGCCACGUUUAAGCGACUUAAUAAAAUAAUGAUUUGGCUGAAUCAUUAAUUGUAAAGAUAUAGCGAUCUAAAGCAAAGUGUAUAGCCGAAUUUUUUUUUCAGCUUUAGUUUUGUUCUGAAUUUUACUACUUACUUACUACGUGGAAGGAUGGAUGGAUGCCAUAAAAUCACCAUUGGUAUGGCUCUACAUACUGUAACAAUAUAUUUUAAUGUAUUGAAACUUUCAAAGAGCGAUUAUACAACAUUUGAGCGAGCAAUAAUAAAAAGUUA